GGCUGAGCUUGGGUGAGAUCGAUGCUGCUGAGGAGACCACGGAAGAAGAAGGAGAAGAGAGAGAGGUAGAGGAGGGUGGGGGAGGCCUUGUCCGAGCUAAGGAGCGCCAGCACUGGCUUAUUAAAAGAGGAGAAGAGGAGGAAGAGGAGGAGGGAGGGAGAAAGCUGUCGCAUGUUAGAGGGGUAUCAACCUGUGCUGUCAUGGACAAAUAUCGACCAAAGAGACCUACCACCCUGGCUCUGUUCCCACAGCGGCCACAAGCCGGCACCCAGGACUCCAUUAACAACAACUCUUUGGGCAAGAAGGACAGCUGGAAGGCAUCUCGCUCCUCCUCCCCACAUAUCAAAGGGGAUCUUACACCAGCGGAUAUCCAGCCCAAAGCAGAGGACAAAGUUCGGAACAGCACGCGGCGCCCGGCCCCAAAGCCCCCCGCAGCUAAUGGAGCCAACAGCAGGGCUAACCCUCAGGCUGCGGCCCCCCCCACAGACAGGUCUGCUCGCCUGCGCGAUAGACAGGCGUCAUGGGCCCCGCACACACAGGCCCCCAGCACACAGAGGAGUCAGAGGAGAGGAGGAAGAGGAGCGCCGGCCAUGAGAGAGAGGAGCCAGGGGGACGGGAGAGGGAAGGAUGGAGGGACAGCAGAGAAGGGAGAAAGGAAAGGAGGAAGACUGUGUGAGGAGUCCAAGGGGAAGGACAAAGAGAGGAAUGGACAUCAGAGGCCCAGAGAAGCAAAUGGUCUGAAAAGCCGGGGGGCUGAUGGGAGAGGAAAGGUCGGAGCUAAAGGGGUUAACAGAGGAGUGGGGGCCAAGCCAAAUAAUAUACUGUCCACCCAGGAAGUGUGUGCAGCCAUGGUGGUCCCUCGCACGCCUGUAGCACCAAGAAACCAGGAAAAGACCCAAGACCAAGGCCAAAACCAUGACAGGACCCAAGACAACCCCCCUAUCCUCUCUAGAUCCAGCAGUGAGGGGGGCUCAAACAGAAUGUCCCUUAGCUCAGACACAGAAGGCCCCCCACCAGGGCCCCUGCAUCCUUCUCUAUCCAAUCGAACCAACCCUGUCAUCAGCGAAGAAGAUGGGGAGGGAGUUUCAACUCCCUGUGCAAACGUCCAGAAUGGUGUAAUCCACUGUGACGAAAAAACUGAGAUGGACUGUACCAAGUCAGAGGUGGACGCACAGGGAGGAAAAGAUGACAAUAACACUGAGGUCCCUCAGGGAGAUGGUGCGGCUGCUCAGACUGUACCAAAGAGUGAAUCUGCAGCAGGGUUAAAUUAUGACUCUGUCAAAUACACUCUGGUGGUCGAUGAACAUGCUCAGUUGGAGCUGGUCAGCCUCAAGGACUGCUUGCAUGGUUACCAUGAGCACAAAGACGACAGCGAUUCAGAGACGGUCUAUCAGUCAGCCAAUGAGGAGGAAGACCCAGAGUAUGAGGAGGAGAGGAAGAGGAUAGAAGAAGCAACAAAGCAAGAGAGGAGGAAAGAGGAAGAAAAGAGAAGAAAGGAGGAAGAAGUCUCCAAGAAGAGGAGGGAAGAGGAUUUGAAAAGGCGGAGGGAGGAGGAGGUCAAAAGGAGAAGGGAAGUUGUGGCAAGGACCUGCAAGCAGUCCAAGGUAACCUCCACAACAACUUCAGAGGAAGAGGAGUCUAAUGGAGAGAGGGCCGUCCCUUCCAGAAGUCAAAAGUUCCUCAACCUGUUUCCCAACAGCAGCUCUCAACACAGCGCCACUGGUGCUGGCUCCUUUGGUGUGUUCUCCUGUGUUUUGGAUGGAGUGGAGAGACAACAGAGCCACAGAGCUGCCUACAGGUUUGUCCCUCGUCAUUCAGAUGAGCUGUACCUAGAGACGGAUGACCCAGUGCUGCUGCUGAAGCAGUCUGAGGACCUGUGGUGUCAGGGCUACAACAUGAGGACCGGGGCUACCGGCAUCUUCCCUGCCUUCUACGCCGUCAGGCUGCCCACAGACACUAUCCAAGCUGCGAAGGAUAGCUCGAUAGAGAAGUUCCUGGUGCGAUUCCUAGGUUCGGUGCAGGUCCCCAUCCACAAAGGCACCGACAUGCUUUCCUCUGCAAUGCAGAAGGUGGCGUGUAACAGGCGGCUAGCAGCUCAGCCCCCUUCAGCCUGUGUGCUGGAGGUCAGUGUGAGGGGGGUGAAGAUCAGUGUCCAGGACCAGUGUCACUCUGCUCAUAGGGGAGACCAGUGUUUCCAUUUCUUCCAGUUGAAGAACAUCUCAUUCUGUGGCUGUCAUCCAAAACACAGCAAGUAUUUUGGUCUCAUCACCAAACACCCUGACCAGCAGCGCUUCGCCUGUCAUGUGAUGGUUGCAGAGACAACACUACAUCCUCUAGCUGAGUCUGUAGGGAGGGCCUUCCAGCAGUAUUACAGGGAAAACAUUGGCUACUCCUGUCCCACUGAAGACAUCUUUAUUGAAUAACCCCUCUCCCCCAUCCACACCAUGUCCUGAAUACUCACUACUGUAUGUGCACGUAAGCCUGGUCUUACACAGCGACCACUGAUGUCUCUUCUUCAGAGUGCUUGCAUGGGGGGUUUCUUUUCUUACCUGCAUCCUGUAGUACAGAAAGAGUUUUAUUUUCUUGAUCCAUGUCAUAAUAUACAUUCCUCUAUGGAUGGUUAGGAUCACAUGACAUGUUCCAUACACUGACCAGAAAUGUUUUCCAAAACCUAACCAAAUACUACGGUGGCCCUGAAGUGCAAGUCAAAACAACAUUUCACAAAACGCUACAGCAUUUCAGAAAACGC